UUAGAGAAUGAAAGAACCUACUUUGCUGUGAAAUGAGGACUAUGUUUCACUCAAAGCAAGGGCUGCACUUCUAGGAUUUGACUGAGUCUGCACGACACUCCAUCAGUGACGCAGGCGCCUGCAGCAAGGACAGUUUUGGCAAGUGACACCCAUUGAUGUGAUUGAAGCAUGACAGAGGUGAUGAACACCCGAGAGCCGGUGAUGGAGGAAUUUGCGCUCAGCCAGACCCCUGAGGAGGAGGGAGGCCCUUCAAGCCAGGCCUUCCCAGACUCUCGUGAGAAGUACCCCAAGCUGUCCAAAAGGCUGCCUUCCAUCGUGGUGGAGCCCACCGAGUCCGGGGAGGUGGAGAGCGGGGAGCUGCGCUGGCCUCCUGAGGACCUCAAGUCAGCAGAGGACAAGGGUCUUCAUGGUGACCAAAGAGUCUGUGUCCAGCAGCAGCAGCAGCAGAUGGAUCUGGAAGAUACUUUAGCACACCCAGCUCAAGAGGUGGAAGACAGUACAGAUACUCUGGAAAGCAGAACUGAAGAGAAUGAGUAGGAACUCCAUGGCCUCAGAAGUGAAACUUCAUUGUGAAUGUUAUUUGGAAAGCUAGUACACUCUGAAGACAUGUCAAAGUAAUCUGUAUUUCAGUCUGCAAGGGUUUUAUUUAGUUAGUACCUGGUAAGAAGCAUCUGGGCUUUAGAACUGUUCUUCUAACAUUUUGAUUUUCAGGCUGGGAUUCAUAUUAUUUGUUUAAUUUCCCCUUGGGAAACAAUGGGAUGUGUUAGGAAAUACAAGGCUGCCAAGGAAAAGAUGCUCCUAAUUUUAAUUAGUGCAUUUCAUUGGUAUUAUCUUUUUCAAGAAAGGCUUUCGAGUAUCAACAGCAGGACAAAGGAGUUGGUUUCUACAGGAGGAAUGUCUUAAAUCUGAAAACUUUCUUUUUUUUUAGCCAUUUAAAACUAGCACUGUGAUAUUAUGGACAAUAGAUGUAAUAUAAUGUCACCAGUUGAUUUUGUAACUUUUGUAUAGAGACGCAAGGGCAAGGUUCGCCUCCAGGCUGCCGCCCUGGGGCAGCCCAGAGCAGUUCUCUCCCUUUGGCUAACCUGUGCUUAUUUGGACCAACCAGCCUUUCCGUAGCUGCCUUUUCAGGAAGGCUGAUGCCUUUGGAAGCUCUUCCUGUACCUGAACGAGGCGCUGACGGUGGCUGGUGUUGGUGUGAGGCUGUGUGUGUUGGGCUCGGUGGGUGGAUCCUGCUGUUUGUGCACUCUUCAGGCCAGCUCCAGUAGUGUGGCUGCACUUCUCCCCCUUAAAGCUGGUGAGAUGGCUCCUGCUUCCCCCAGGGCUGGCUUUGUUCACAGGGGUUGUUGUGACGUUGCUUCUUUGGUAUGUUUGGUGUAUAAUGGAGGUGCAGGGGCACAGCUGCUCCUCCCUUGCCCUGAGCUGGGUGGUGGCAGGAGCUCCAUAGCACAUUCCAAACCUGUCCUCUCUUUUGCCUGGCUCCAGGUUUCCCCUGAGCCACCUGCAGUAGGAGGGGAGUGGUGGAAGGACGAACACCUGCCCAAGUUGGCACUGCUGGCAGGAACACCUGUGCCAAGGGGUGCCCUCCUCAACCCCCUCAGCUUUGGUUGCACCAUCACCUCCUGGAGCCCAGAGCUCAUGGCAAAAGCUGUCUCUGGACACCCCUGCCCUCCAGUGGAUUUUCCUUGGGAAUUCGGGGAUCAUUUUGACAGGAGUGAAUCCAUUCCUGCACAGAAGCCUCCCAGAGACUCUCUCCCACUGUUCCAGGAGAAGCACCAAUCUUAGCCCAAAACCUGACCUGUUGGAUGGGCUGGUGGGGGUGGAUACUGCCUGUACUCAGAGGGUUUGACUGUCAGUGAUGAGUGUCCUGUAAGCUGCAAAGCUGGCUUUCUUACAUCUGCAGGGCUGGAUGGGCUCUGCACUUCCAAUUAAUGUUGCAUCCAGAAGAAGCUGCUCGCUGUAGGUGGAGUGAAAUAAUAGGAUUUCUUCCAGCAUUAACUCCUAAGUUGACUUCCAAGUGCUUUCUUUUCUCCAGUAAUAAUUUUUGCUAACAACAACUUGCGUGAUGGUUGAUAAAAUUUACUGGCCAGAUGUAUUAGUAAGUUUUUACCUUCUUAGCAACCAAAUUUAAUAUAUUUACUUACAAAGAAUUCUGUGCAAUGAAUGUUUAUUACAAAGGAAAGAGACUAUUUUACUUCAAAGCAACAUUAAUUUAUGUACAAAACUAUAGCUUAUUAUUUGGGGUGUUUGGGAUCUAGGACCCUUUUUAUAAGCAGUGUAGUACAGUAUAACAUGAUACUUAAGUUAAACUUCGCUGUCUCAAUCUAUAUAACAAUCUGUUUUGCCUUCUUGAUGUAGACUUUCUUGCCUACACUAUUAGAAUUACUUUGUUGGGUGAGUGGGAUUCUGGUCAGAGCACCAAAUUUCACCAGAGUAACUGAAGGUUUCAAGAGCACUUCCUAAAUCUGGCUGCUGUCCCUGUCACCCCCUUCACUGGUGGCAGUUUUCUGGUAAAGCCAAUGAAGCCAACAAAGGGGAGGGAGGUGCCCAGCUCGGACCCACCGUGCGUGGCAGGAGGAGAGGCAGGCUGAUGGGAGGUGCUCUUUAAAUGCUGCUUUUGCAUCGAUUGUCAAGAAGUUUUACAAAGCUCUGGGGAGAAAACAACAGCAGUGACGACAUAUUUUUAGCUGUGUGAUUUCCUGCCAAUCUGCAUCUGCCCAGCUCUGUGAGGAAUGACGUUAGAUGUAUCACUUAAUUUGCUUUUUGCUUUAUAAAAGGAAAAACAGUUGUUUGAAACACUUCCCCCAAUUUUCUGUGCUCUCUAUCUGCUUUCAGACACUCCCUCCCUUCCUGCUCUGGAUGGCCCUUAUCCUAUUUCCACCUGAGGUCAAUGGCACUUCCCUAAGUAUGUUUCCCAAAGAAACAGCUAAAUUCUACAUACACCCUGAAAAAACGCCACGCAAGCACCACUACUUUUUUCCUCCCUGUACUUAAAGCUACAGCUGGUAUAGAAAUCCCAGAUUUCCUUCUUGCAGCCUAAUUACUCCUCUCUUUCCUUUUCCCUCUUUUGUGCCGCUCCCCUGAAGUAUUUUACCUGAAGCAGAUGGUUGCUUCAAACUAAAGCUUUCUCCUGAAGCUGUGUGGCCUCAGUUUAAGAACCGUGCAAAGCCAAACUCCUCCUCCCAUUUUUAUUUUUCUGACCAUGGGCCAGAGGCCCUAAAACAGGAAAGCAAGAUAGAGAGAAAAUUGUUUUAUACAAACAAACCCUAUUUAUUCAACUUGCAGGUCUAUGAAUGUCCACUUACUUUGUCUGUGUGCAAGUGUUGUCUCUCUAAUAAACUGAAUAGUCGUUUUGUAUUUUUUCUGGAUUAAAAGCUUUGUAGAAACUAAAAAGAAAAAAAAAGACAUUCAGUCAUAUUUUUCUAGUCUAGCUUGUAGAAUAUUUCAUGUAGUGCGGAAAGGAAGUUUUAUGGAGUAAGACAUUGUUGAAUUUUGCUCUAUUUCAGUUCUUUCUAAUUUUGUAAAAUGCCACCUGUACAUAAUACUCGACUAAUGUAUGUCCUGUAGAUGUAUUACACCAUUUAGCCUAUUAAAUGCCUAUACUGAACUGAUUGGAAGAA